AUGCAGCGAUCGAGUAAAUUAUCCGUUGCAUUUCUGCUUUCGCUCGCAUCAUGUCAAGUUCUGUUGGUUUUCGGCGGUCCGAAUGUUUUCGAUUCUGCCGUCACGUUCGGUGCGAAGCGCGCCAACUACACACAGUGCUAUUCUGCGUCGGUUAAGGCGAACAUCUUCAGUCUGGUACCGAUCACAAGGAUCGUUACCUUCACACCGAAGAUGCACGUGCGGUAUAUAACGGUUGCGUCCAAAACAAAUGGAAAAUUGUCGGCCCGGAUUGUGCAAGGCGGCGUGAACAUGGACACUUUACGGCCGAUCAGUGUCGCACUCACAUCGGACUACGGUGGACGACUUUAUGCGGAAGUGAACGCAUACUGUGGCAAUUAG